UCUACUCCGAGAGGAGCUUUGACUCUGAGCUUCACUCUUUUGACAAGACCAUGGACUCAGACUAUGGUUCUGUUGACUUUGAGAGUGUCAGAGACUUUCAGCCACCACCCCCGAAACACUCUGACACCAAGGGGCACUUUGGUGGUCUGUUCAAGUUUUUCAACAGUGUAGCGGAGACAGCCAGAAAAUGGCGGACAACAUCGCACUCCUUCUCUCCUCCAGAGGGAGAGAGGACAUCGAUGGGCUCCCCACGGGCCCCACAGCCAUCAGUGGACAGGAUUCACAGUGUGUCCCUGACACUCCACAGUGAAGGACUUCCAAAAUCCCAGCAUAUGCCAUCAUCACCAGUGACCGCUAAAUCCUCACACUCAGGCAGCCUUGACAGCGAGGCUCCAGCACCUGUGACAGGUGGACGAUCCCCUAAGGUGGUCCUCAAAGCCUUUAGGGCAUGCCAGGGAGCUCGAGCUGUCAAUGGCCUUCAGAGUCAUGAAGGCACGGACAAACAUGUAAACAAAGAGACAAACAGAUCCACAGCCAUAGUAGAGAAUCAUGUCCCCCAGUCAGGUCCAACCACAGAGACUAAAGAAGAAGCAGGGGUUGAAAGUGAUCCAUUAAGCUGUCUCUGUCAAGAGGAAAAGGUAGAGGGGCAGACAGGAAAUGAGCAGGAUUCCAGGGAUGCUCCACCGUUCACCCACCAGAUACAGGAAGUGAAUGUCCAAUCACAACAAGGUGAUAAAGAGAGCACAACCAAUAGCGUGCCAGCAUCAGAUUCCACUGAGGAAAUAUUCAAGGCCUUGUCUCGCCCCCCGGGUGUGUCACCGUUAGAGCCCCCGCUGAGGGUUACUCUCCUGCGGUGCCGAUCCCUGCCGCUACCCCACAGCACUCUCGCUGCCUUGGCGCUGCUCCUCCCUCAGUCAGACGUUGGUCAGUCGUCAUCGUCGGUGCGAUUGCGGUCUGGAGGCUCUGGUAGCUGCAGGAGGAGGAGGCUGUUGAGACCUGGUUCGGAACCACUGCAGGUCAACGUUUUGAUAAGUGGAGGUUCAAUCGUCAACGCUGAGGCGGUAUGGGACCAUGUGACCAUGGCGGACCGGGAGUUGGCGUUUAAGGCCGGCGACGUCAUCAAGGUGCUGGACGCCUCCAACAAGGACUGGUGGUGGGGCCAGAUUGAUGAGGAGGAAGGAUGGUUCCCCGCCAGCUUUGUACGGCUGUGGGUGAACCAGGAGGACGUUGGAGGGGAGCCAGCCGAGGGGACCAGUGAGGUGCAGAACGGGCACCUGGACCCGACCAAUGACUGCCUGUGUCUGGGCUCGCCCCUCCAGAACCGAGACCAGAUGAGAGCCAACGUCAUCAACGAGAUCAUGAGCACGGAGAGACACUACAUCAAACACCUCAAGGACAUCUGUGAGGGCUACCUGCGCCAGUGCAGGAAGCGCGUGGACAUGUUCAAUGAUGACCAGCUGAAGGUCAUCUUUGGGAACAUCGAGGACAUCUUCCGCUUCCAGAUGGGCUUUGUUAGAGACUUGGAGAAACAGUACAACACAGAUGACCCCCACCUCUCUGAAAUCGGACCGUGCUUUUUAGAACACCAAGAUGGUUUUUGGAUCUACUCAGAAUACUGUAACAACCACUUGGAUGCCUGUAUGGAGCUGAGCAAACUGAUGAGGGAUGGCAGGUACCAGCACUUCUUCGAGGCCUGUCGUCUCCUCCAGCAAAUGAUUGACAUUGCCAUAGACGGCUUCUUGCUCACCCCUGUCCAGAAAAUCUGCAAAUAUCCACUCCAGUUGGCUGAGCUUCUCAAAUACACUGCGCAGGAGCACAGUGAUUAUCGAUACGUGGCAGCAGCACUGGCAGUAAUGCGGAACGUCACUCAGCAGAUAAACGAGAGGAAGAGGAGACUGGAGAACAUCGACAAGAUCGCCCAGUGGCAAGCAUCUGUUCUGGACUGGGAGGGGGAUGAUAUCUUGGACAGGAGCUCGGAGCUCAUCUACACUGGAGAGUUGUCAUGGAUCUAUCAGCCGUAUGGACGCAGCCAGCAGCGAGUCUUCUUCCUCUUUGAUCACCAGCUGGUUCUCUGUAAGAAGGAUCUGAUACGCCGGGACAUCCUGUACUAUAAGGGCCGCAUCGACAUGGAUCGCUACGAUGUGCGAGACGCCCUCGACGGGCGCGACGACGACUUCAACGUCAGCGUGAAGAACGCCUUCAAAUUGUGCAACAAAGACAGCGAGGAGAUCCACAUCUUCCUGGCCAAGAAGCCAGAGGAGAAGAUCCGCUGGCUCAGGGCCUUCCACGAGGAGAGGAAGAUGGUGCAGGAGGAUGAGAAAAUCGGUUUCGAGAUCUCUGAGUACCAGAAGCGGCAGGCAGCCAUGACAGUGAGAAAGGUGACCAAACAGAAAGGUGUAAACAGGUGCACGCCCCCCUCAUACCCGCCCCCACAGGACCCCCUCAGUGCGGGGCAGUAUGAGGUAACGGAGGACAUGGCACAAGGAGAGGUUUUUGAAUUCAGUCAAUCCAAAAGAGGCCAGGCUCCUUUCUGGCAGAAUUUUAGUAGAUUAGCUCCAUUUAAGAAAUAGAGAUACACAGACUCUUCUGAAGGACCAGCUAUUUUUCUUAGAAGCACUAAACACUGGAUGAUCAUGUCCCAUGAUGAAGAAAAAUACGAAAAAAAACACACACAAGAGACUUUUGAAAUUAUGGACCAUUGUUAAUAUAUAACGUG